GGUCAGGUGGUUGCUUCUCCUCGCCUCUUUCUUUCCUUGGCUUCCCCGGUUUGGGAGGCGAAGCGGACAAAGAAAGUGGCCCAAAGAAGGCCGAGAGAGAGUAGAGUGGGCGGCUGGGUCUCCCUCCUUUGCUCGCCUUCUUCCCAAGUGUCCGGCUCUUCUGAGAAGUUUGGAAGAAGGGGGAAAUGGCUGGAGGAGAAAGAGGAGCCGGAGGAGGUGGUGGAGGUGGGAGCAACGACAGCAGCAGCGGCGUUUCAGGAGCGUCGGAAAGCCGGGAGCAUCUCUUCAAGGUGUUGGUGAUCGGGGAGCUGGGCGUGGGCAAGACCAGCAUCAUCAAGCGCUACGUCCACCAGCUCUUCUCGCAGCACUACCGGGCCACCAUCGGCGUGGACUUCGCCCUCAAGGUCCUCCCCUGGGACAGCCGGACCCUGGUCAGGCUCCAGCUCUGGGACAUCGCAGGUCAAGAACGAUUUGGCAAUAUGACCCGAGUGUACUAUAAAGAAGCUGUGGGUGCUUUUGUAGUAUUCGAUGUUACAAGAGGAUCAACGUUUGAGGCAGUUUCCAAAUGGAAACAUGAUUUGGACAGUAAAGUGCUUCUGCCAAAUGGUAGCCCAAUCCCUGCAGUUCUCCUUGCCAACAAAUGUGACCAGAAGAAAGACAGUGGCCCAAAUGCAUCACAGAUGGAUCAGUUCUGUAAAGAUGGAGGUUUUGUUGGGUGGUUUGAAACUUCUGCUAAGGAUAAUAUCAACAUUGAUGAAGCUGCUCGGUUUUUGGUGGAAAACAUCCUUGCAAACCUCAAAGCCUUUCCCAAUGAGGAGAAUGAUGUGGGAAAACUGAAGCUGGACUCAGAUACUCUGAAGGCAGAGAGUAAAUUUCAGUGCUGUUAAUUACAUUUUUAUCUUGCGUUGACACACUAUGUGAGAGCCCAGCAAGGUUCUUGCUCUUCUUGUUGGACAGCUGCUAUGGUGCUUCAUCGUGACAAUCCUUUGGUGGUAUUGUUUUAUUUUGAGUUGGUGACACUUCAGGGUGUUUACACUUUUUUCUUGUCAAGCAAGACUUUAAAAUUGCCUUGUACAUCAAGUCUGUGUUAUGAACUAUGUAGCACAGUCUGAAAGCUUGUGUCCAGCAAAAAGGCUAUUAUUUGUGGAGAAAAGUCAGUAGGAAAGACUGUCCCAUAUUUUACCCUUCACAGUGCAGUUUCAGUAUAGAAAUUAUCAUCCUGAGUGGAAGAGUUCAUUUUGAUAAGCACUGUUUUUGUUGUUGCUUAUUUCUCUUUUAAUUUACCUUUCUUUUUGCCUCUUUUCUGCUUCUUUCAAAACCCUGUUCAAUAACGGAAUACCAACAAAAUGUCUUUGUGAGACACCUGGCAACCCACAUAAGCCUUUCUAGGAUUGAUAUUAAGUAAUGGAAGCUACUCCCUAUUUUACAGUGCCUUUUAAACUUUGUAAGAGUCAGUUGCUUGGAAAAUAAGAACAUGAACUUUUAUACCAAGUCAAUCUGUUAAGAGUAUUAGGAAAGUCCAUCUGGCAUAUGAGUAACAAUCCAUAUCUGAUUCUCACAUUUUGACAAUGGAAAUAGUGAACACUUUAAUAUUUCUGUAUACAUCAAGCAAUACCAUAUACCCCAUUAAAUGGUAAAGACAAGCUGCCUUUUUUCACAUAAAUACAAUCAUUGCUCAAAAAGUUCUAACAUUGUUGGUUCAAAGCUAACUAAUGGCCUUAAUUAAACUAUCUCAUUGUUUUAUGAAACCAAACUGCAAUGCAAAAUAUUCUGGGCCUUUCCUAUAAUUCAUCAAUUGUGGUGUUGGUAAAGUCCUUUUCUUAAUUAUGGUGCUUCUGGAAGACGUGUAUCUUGCCACUUUUUAGUACAGCACUUCAGAGUUGAUAAGGGUAUCACAUUUUUAUUCACCACCAGAACAAUAUUGAAAUAUCAUUCUGGGUUUAUUGUUAGAAGCCUUAAGGUUGUAAAAAUAUGAAAUAUGAAUAUAAAACUAUGAAAAUGAUGUGCAGUAUGUAUUUUGGAAAAAAAAAUCUAUGGAUUGUUUCUGAUGGUUUUUGUAGAGGUAUGGAGGAAACGCUUCUGAGAAAUACCUUCAUUCACCUCGUGAUGUUGUUAUACCUGUUUUAGUAAAGUUUUAUGUCCUCUUCACGUUAUACUAGUUUGUCAUAGUUUGUCAGCUGCUACAUAUCUUGAAAUAUGUUGGCCCAAAUUUCUACAGAUUUAAACUCAGUAUCAGAUAGAUUUUAUGUGCCUCGUAAUAGGUAUAAUGUCAUUCAAGUGUAUGUGUUCUUUUUUAAAAAAAGUGUAAAGAUCUAGAGAUUUUAUAUGACACAUUUUGGCACUUCGUCACUUAAAAAGAAAUUCCAAAGACCACAUGUUAUUGUGCUAGUUUUUUAUUCCAGGCCUUCACUACCUUUGUUAAAGUUCCAAAAAAAUCCAGCACUUUUUAAUUGAGAUUUGCCAAAUUUCUACCAUUCUCGUUUACCUUUUUAUUUAAAUAUUAAGUAUUAAAUGCCACUGGAACACAUUAAGUGGAAACUACAUUGAACUCAAGUAACUCCUGGUGUUUUUGUUUUUGUUUUAAAUAAAAAUCAAACUCUGUGCUUUAUAAAAGAAAAUAAAUAUAGACACUGUGAAAAGACAGAAAAUGUGUAGUCUAAUUUUAAUUCAGAAAAAAUGCACACACCCUUCAACUUAAUAUUUGAAAAUUAAAUGUAGUCAUUACAGGAAUAUGAAGAGGCUUCCUACAUAAAGAGAUCUUCAUUGAGUUUCCAGUGAACUACUUAAGACAACAGAUCUCAAGGCAGUGAAUAUCUGUAUCUACGUACAUUACAGCCUCAUAUAUUGCCAAAUGAAGCAAGGAACAUCACAUUGAUACUUGGCUAACUGAUGCUACAUCAAUUUACAAGAAAAAUGAGAUUUUCCACAUUUGUCAAUACAUUCUGUUUUCAGUAGAAAGUAUAAAUCUAUCUUAAGACAACGAUUGCCUCUCUAACUCUCCUCAUAUUGUUAACUUUUGUUGACUAUAAACUACUGUUUAUUUUUUUCCAACUGAAAGUCCUCGAAAUCUAAACAAGUUUGUCAAUUGAGAGUGUCAUGUGUUUUCUGAUAACAAUGAUAUAAUCACCUGAUUAUUUUAAGAAUUUUCUGAUAACCACCUGAUAGUUUUAAGAAUUUUAAAAUACUUGAGCAUUCAGAAGUUCAGUAUCCUAAUGGGUAGAGUUAUGAAAAUAGUAUUAAUGGUCAUUGAAAGGAAGAUUACUUUGUCCCCAAGACUGGGGCUAUUGUGCUUGCUCAAAAUCAGUUUCUAUUAAUGGACUCUUCUAUGUGGCUACAGAGGAUUUGUUCAAAGUAGUGUUACAUGAGACAAUUAAAUUUACAGUAUACAGUACUGCCCUUAAUUAGCACCUGGCUUUGUCUGUCUGUGGUGUAAAAAGGAUUAAGUAGCAGCAUUCAAUUUAAUCUAAAUUUCCGUUUUAAAAUAAUUUCCUUCUACUUGCAGUUUAACUUAAACUGUGUUUCCAAUGAUCGGUGAAGUUCAAACAGCAGAGCCAUUGGUAGCAUACAAUGAGAGGUUUAAUGAUCUGCACAGCUUUUUGUCCUUUCAUGUCACUGCUGGGGAAAAAUGAAAGCAACGUCAGCCCCGUUGUCUGUAUACUUUUUAAUUUCAAAACCACUAACUUGACUCAGCAGAAGUGACUUGAAACAUUGAUAUCUUGGUCACAGAAGGACCAUAUCAAACACAUCGGGUAUGCACACCUCUGUGUAUACCAGAAGUAAAUCUCUGGGAGGUUAAGGGACCACAUGAAAAUUUGGAGCUUUAUCCUCCAUUGCAUUCCUACUGAAAGGGGGCACUUUAGUUUUCAAAAAGGUUCUCUCCUGAGAAAGAAUUGAUAAGAAGGAAAAGCGGAAAAAGAAGAAAGAGAAAAAGAAAAGAAUAUAUUUUUUUAAAAAAACAGACAAAAUAUAGGAUUAACUUCCCAUGGAUAUUCCUCUUUGUUGUGUUCUCUAAUUUUGUUGUAUCGCUAUUCCCUCUUCAUAUCUCAUUUUCUAUGUUUUACUUCAAUAGAUAAUUUCUUCUAACCAAUUCAUUUUUUCUUUAAUAAAAUGGAUAAUUAAAAACCAA